GUCCACGGGCCGGGGACCCCUGCCUGCCCUCCGCCUCGCCCGCAGGGCCGUGGAACUAGCGCGUGUCCCCUCGCUGGCCUCCGCGUCUCCCGCCUGUCCCUUACUUGUGGCGGUACCCGGCUCCGCUCGUGGCCUCUCAGUCGAGCUCUGUCCCACGCGACUCAGCUGACUGGCUGAGGUGUCUGCUUCUCCUCCCUUCAAGGCCUGAGACUGUGGUUCAGAAAGAGCUUGGGCGCCCAUGGCCUCGAUGGGGAUGGUGUUACUGCCUGCUUUACCCCCACUACCCUCUGAGAGUCCCCUGUCUUUUAGGGAAGCCGGUCAGUCAUUUAAACCCGAAGGGAGCUCGGCCCUUGAGGAUCCAACAGUCCUGGGCCAACUCCAGCCUCAGCUGUCAGAAGCAGCAGCUCUGGGGGCCAGAAAAAUUUGGGCAGAUGGCCCUCUUCCCCCAUGUAAAACAAGGAGACUUGUUCCUUGAUUCCUUUUAUCCCUUACAUCCAGGGAACCAGCAGUUAACUUCAGCUCUAACAGCUGCGGCCUCGAGAUUACUGACCUUCCAUGAUGUUUGGUGGUUUUGAAACUAUAGAAGCAUAUGAAGAUGACCUUUAUCGUGAAGAGUCAUCUAGUGAACUAAGUGUCGAUAGUGAGGUGGAAUUUCAGCUCUACAGUCAAGUUCAUUAUGCCCAAGAUCUUGAUAAUGUCAUCAGGGAGGAGGAACAUGAAGAGAAUAACUCUGGGAAUUCUGAAUCAUUUGGUAGUAAACCAAAUCAGAAGAACUUAAUUAUCCUUUCAGAUAGUGAGGUCAUCCAGCUAUCAGAUGGGUCAGAGGUCAUCACUCUGUCUGAUGAAGAUAGUAUUUAUAAAUGUAAAAGAAAGAAUUUUAGAGACCAGGCAAAAGAAAAGACCCAAGGUCCUCCUGCUUCUCUUCAUUCUAAUGAGCUGGCAGAUCAGAAAUGCAAGAGGGAUGUUGAGAAGCCUCAACCUGGAGAGAGAUCGGGUGCAGUCCAAGAAGUCAUGAUUAUAGAGGUCAGUUCAAGUGAAGAGGAAGAGAGCACCAUUUCAGAAAGUGAUAACGUGGAAAGCUGGAUGCUGCUGGGAUGCGAAGUUGAUGAUAAAGAUGAUGAUAUCCUUCUCAAUCUUGUGGGAUGUGAAAAGUCUCUUAAUGAAGGUGUGUCUUCUCACAGUGACUUAGAGAGACAAACUGGAGAAGAUAGUGUAAACUGGUUCAUCAGUGACAAAGACAUUGAGGCACAGAUAGGUAAUAAAAGAUCAUCUGGAAGAUGGACCUACCGAUACUAUUCAGCCAACAAAAAUGUUACCUGCAGAAAUUGCAACAAAUGUGGCCAUUUGUCAAAAAACUGUCCUUUUCCACAAAAAGUCCGUCCCUGCUGCCUCUGCUCCGAGAGAGGACAUCUCCAGUAUGCCUGUCCAGCCCGCUUUUGCUUAGACUGCUCUUUGCCCAUGUCUUCUGCGCACAGAUGUCUCGAAAGACCUUCUUGGAGAAAACGUUGUGACCGAUGUGAUAUGAUAGGCCACUAUGCUGAUGCUUGCCCAGAAAUCUGGAGGCAGUAUCACCUAACGACCAAACCUGGACCACCCAAAAAGCCAAAGACCCCUUCUGGACAAUCAACCUUAGUGUAUUGCUACAACUGUGGGCAAGAAGGCCAUUAUGGACACGAAUGUACAGAAAGACGAAUGUUUAACCAGACCUUUCCAACGUCUCCAUUCAUCUACUACUAUGAUGACAAAUAUGAAAUCCGGGAGAGAGAUCAGAGAAUAAAACGAAAAGUGAAAGAACUCCAGAAAAAUGGGGACUUUCCAAGACAGUUCAAGAGGCCUCAUAUGGAAGCAGCAGAUAAGAGGUCCCACCGUGGUAUGAGGAAGAGCUAUGCCUCAUGGAGAAGCAACAGGUGGCCUCAAGAAAAGAAAGAAACCCAAAAGGAAACCAUGAGCAGGAGCAGCCGAGAGCGUGAGAAGCACAAGAAGGCUGACAGGCGUCAUGAAGUGGAUGAGGACUUCCCCAGGGGCCCCAGAGUCCACUCUUCUUCUGGCAAAACCCAGAAGCCUCACAAGCCCUUUCACCACACAUCUCAUUACCACAAGCCAAGAGAAGACAAGCUGCCCAAAGAGGGCAAGCGGGGCAAGCACAAGAAAAAGGAGAGCUGCUUGGAGGAUGAUAGCUAUGAUAAUUUAUUUUUCAUUAAGCAGAGGAAAAAAAAGUCUAAGCUGUGAGUCAGCUUCUGAUUUGGCUUCCCAGUGUUUGUCUGGUUUUCAUGUCUACAACAUCCUGGCAAUAUUUUUUAUUAUCUGUGAUUAAAUAAAAUGAGUUUUUUGGGUUUUUUUUUUUUAAUCUCAGCUAUAUUUAGAGCUGCUGAGCAGAGUCUUUGGAGAUCUCAGUUCUGUGUGUCCAACAGGUUAUUAGGUAAGAAAACAAAAAGAUAAACUGCCUUCCCCUUUUCCAGGAUGUCAUUUUUAUACAGUACCCUAAGGAUAGGAAGAAUUCAUCUUUUCGUGAACUUUUUUUAAUGCUUUGAAAAAAAUAAAAGUUCAUCAAAAGUGAUUCAUCUGCAGUGUAUGAAAAUUAAAUCCUUGCAGGAAGAGAAAUUAAUGCUAAUAUGAAAAAUUCAGCAUUUUUUUUUUAACAUCAAAAAGGAUAACUGUAAAUCUAAAUCUGGCUUUCCUUGCUUCUGAAGCUGGUGUAAGGUUCUUCCUUUGGUCAGACCAUCACAGGCCACAAAUGAAGCUAUCAACAUUAAAGCACUAAAGAGGCAGGGAGUUGAGUUUUACAGCAAAAUAUCAGUAAGGAAGCCAUCCAGAGUGUAUGUCAAGAGACAGAUUUCCUGAAACAAGUGAAAAAGAGUCAUCAAAAAUUUUAACAUAAUCACAAGGAAAUGGUUUUAACCAUUUUUUACAACCACACUUGAAGAAGACUCUCCCUCAGAUAUUUAAGAUGAAUAUUUCCCUAAUUAAAAAAUUGUUUUGUUCUCCUGAGUUUUUAACCACCACAGAGUUAUACAGAAAUUUUUGUACUUGUGAACCUUUUGUACUUAUCAAAGCUUAAUGUUAGACUAAGAAAAUAAAGUGUCUGAAAUAGAGUAAAUAAAUGUGUCUGUUAUGUAAAAAGACAAUGAGAGUUUGAGUGACAAAGGGUGUACUUGGGUUGGCAAAGUAACUAAAGUUAUAAAAUCUCUAUAAACUGGGGUCAAAUCUCUUAUUGCCCAAGCACAUGCUCUAUGCCAAAUAAAAUGAGAUGGAGAAACAAGAUGUUUCUCCAUGUUCUUCGGUAA